CCUCCCUCUAAAAGCACUCUGUGUGGGGAACAUGAGAGCCAGACCAAAGCUCAGAGAACCAAUCAGAGUCAGAACAUUUACAAACCACAGCCCCACUAUGUGUCUCUGAGCAGUAAUCGGUCCAAGGAUGAACCACUCUUCUUUGCUCCCAACAUAACCAAUCAGGGUCAAAACCUCCAGAAGAUUUACAAACCACAGCCCCACUGUGUGUCUUUGAGCAGUAAUCAGUCCAAGGACGAUCCACUCUUCUUUGCUCCAAACAUAACCGAUCCAAGCUUCUGGUACCAUCUCCUUCAUCCUCCUCACAACCUGCAGAACAUUUACAAACCACAGCCCCACUGUGUGUCUCUGAGCAGUAAUCGGUCCAAGGACGAUCCACUCUUCUUUGCUCCAAACAUAGGGAGGAAGAGGAAGAGGAGUGGUGUUUGUGAGGAGGAGCAGCUGUCCUGCUGUGCUUUGUGUCAGGACGUCCUGAAGGAUCCAGUCUGUACCAGCUGUGGACACUGGUUCUGCAGACAGUGCAUCUGCUCAUACUGGGACCAGUCUGCUUCAUCAGGAGCCUCCUCCUGUCCCCAGUGUGGAGAAAGAUCCAGAACCAGAGCUGGACUGCAGACAGCCAGUCAGAGCAGCUGUGUACAAACAGAUGUUGGUCUGCAGGAGGUUUUAGAUGAACAUAAGAUCAGUCUGAGGAGGAGAUGUGAACGUGUGACUGAAGGAAGUGAUGAAACAGGAAGUAGAACCCUCCUCAACAGGAUCUACACUGAGCUCUACAUCACAGAGGGACAGAGUGAAGAGGUUCAUACCCAACAUGAGGUGAGGCAGCUGGAGACAGCUUCCAAGAUGGACGCCCUCCAUGACGCUCCAAUCAGGUGCCAGGACAUCUUUAAAGCCUUACCUGACCAACAGAGACCCAUCAGAGUGGUUCUGACCAACGGCGUGGCUGGUGUUGGAAAAACCUUCUCAGUGCAGAAGUUCACUCUGGACUGGGCAGAGGGCUUGGAGAACCAACAUGUCAGUGUGGUGGUUCUGCUUUCAUUCAGGGAGCUGAACCUGAUCAGAGAUGAGCAGUACAGUCUUCUGGAGCUGCUCCAUGUUUUCCAUCCAACAUUACAGAAGGUCACAGCAGAGAAGCUGGCUGUCUCUCAGCUUUUGUUCAUCUUUGACGGCCUGGAUGAAAGCAGACUUUCAUUGGAUUUCACCAACAGGAAGCUGCUGUCUGAUGUCACACAGAAGUCAUCAGUCAGCCAGCUGCUGACAAACCUCAUCCAGGGGAAUCUGCUUCCCUCGGCUCUCGUCUGGAUAACUUCCCGACCUGCAGCAGCCAAUCAGAUCCCUCCUACAUGUGUUGACAGGCUAACAGAAGUACGAGGCUUCACUGACGCCCAGAAGGAGGAGUACUUCAGGAGGAGAUUCAGUGAUGAAGAGCUGUCCAGCAGAAUCAUCUCCCACAUGAAGACAUCCAGGAGCCUCCACAUCAUGUGUAGCAUCCCAGUCUUCUGCUGGAUCACUGCUACAGUUCUGGAGCACAUGUUGACUACAGAGCAGAGAGGAGAGCUGCCCAAGACCCUGACUGACAUGUACUCACACUUCCUGCUGGUUCAGACAAAGAGGAAGAAGAACAAGUACCAUGAGGGACAUGAGACGAGUCCACAGGAGCUGACGGAGGCUGACAGGGAAGUUCUUCUGAAGCUGGGGAGGCUGGCGUUUGAACAUCUGGAGAAAGGAAACAUCAUGUUCUACCAAGAAGACCUGGAGCAGUGUGGUCUGGAUGUGACAGAGGCCUCGGUGUACUCAGGAGUUUGUACAGAGAUCUUCAAAAGAGAGUGUGUGAUCUUCCAGAAACCAGUCUACUGCUUUGUUCAUCUGAGCAUUCAGGAGUUUCUGGCUGCUGUCUACAUGUUCCACUGUCACACCAACAGGAAGACAGAGGUGCUGAAGAAGUUCCUGGGACAAACUUAUUGGAAAUCAUCUCUGGAUGAUUUCCUGAGCAGAGCCAUGUAUAAAUCCCUCCAGAGUAAAAAUGGCCACCUGGACCUGUUUGUUCGCUUCCUUCAUGGCCUCUGUCUGGAGUCCAACCAGACACUCUUAGGAGGUCUGCUGGGUCAGACAGAGAACAGUCCAGGAACCAUCCAGAGAAUCAUCAACAACCUGAAGAAGAUGAACAGUCAUGAAAUCUCUCCUGACAGAAGCAUCAACAUCUUCCACUGUCUGAUGGAGAUGAACGACCUCUCAUUACAUCAGGAGAUCCAAAAGUUCCUGAAGUCAGAGAAAAGGUCAAAGGACCUCACUAUGAUCCAGUGCUCAGCUCUGGCCUUCAUGCUGCAGAUGUCAGAGGAGGUUCUGGAUGAGUUUGACCUGCAGAAGUACAACACAUCAGAGCGGGGACGACAGAGACUGAUUCCAGCUGUGAGGAACUGCAGGAAGGCUCGACUGACUGAGUGUUGGCUCUCAGAGUCUCACUGUGAAGUUGUGGCCUCAGCUCUGAAGUCCAACCCCUCGCAUCUGACAGAGCUGGACAUGAGUGAGAACAACCUGCAGGAUUCAGGGAUGAAGCUUCUGUGUGCUGGACUGGAGAGUCCAAACUGUCGACUGGAGACUCUGAGAAGUGACAGACUUGAGCAGGGUUCAUUUAAAGGCUGACAGAAGUGGAGUGGUGACGGGGAGAUGUUUGACAGGACAGUUUUUCAGCCUCCACAGGUUCAUGUUGUGCUCCAUCAGUCAGUGAAGAUGAAGUCAGUGCUGAUGAGGCUGUAGAGUGUG